GCCAAUGGGGCGGCAGGAUCAAUGAUCUCAGCAAUGCCCGGCCCUGAUCUGAUCCCAACCACAACUCCGGCAUGGCAGGCGAUCAGAACGAUCAGAAUGCUGGAUACUCCCUGACGGAUCAAGGCUGUCGCGGUGCCCUCGCUUAUCUGCGUGCUUGGGUACAUUCCGGUCAGGAUCACGUCUGGCCCAGCGGGAUCAGUCCAUCACCGCCUCGGCCUGCGAAGCCGAACAGAUCACGCCCGCCGCGCGCUGAUUGGUGGAUCCGCCUUCUACGUGUGAUUUCCUGUGCUCUCCCCGCGCUCGGGCUUGGACGAUACAAAUAACACACUCGCCCCGUCACUACUGUUAGCUCUUCCAUCACACAAAUUCGACAAUAAUAGCUUCAAGUGCUACUCCACGUUUACCAUCUAUCUUCCUCAACUUUAAUCAACUUUAAUUCACAUCCUUCAUCAUGACUGGACGCGGCAAAGGUGGCAAGGGUCUCGGCAAGGGUGGUGCUAAGCGUCACCGUAAGAUCUUGCGUGACAACAUCCAGGGUAUCACCAAGCCCGCUAUUCGUCGUCUGGCCCGCCGUGGUGGUGUCAAGCGUAUCUCCGCCAUGAUCUACGAGGAGACCCGUGGUGUCCUCAAGACCUUCCUCGAGGGUGUCAUCCGUGAUGCCGUCACCUACACUGAGCACGCCAAGCGCAAGACCGUCACCUCUCUUGACGUUGUCUAUGCCCUGAAGCGCCAGGGCCGCACCCUCUACGGUUUCGGUGGUUAAACGACCUUUUCUUACGCUUUCGUUUUUCUCGCAUGACCGGCUCUUCCACCGCGGGGACGCGACGGGUUGCUUUCUCGGGUCGGUUUACGGUAUGACUGGGACGUUGGGGUGUUUUUUCUGAAUCUUUUUUCCUUUUCUUUUUUUUUUUAUUACUACCAAGUGUCAUGGGUCUCAAAUGGGUUUGCUUUUUGUCGUACUUUACUUACUACCAACUCCGUUGCCACUAUGGUCUGCUAGUGGUU